CAACAUUUCUUCUUAAAGGGGCUCAGUGGAACUUCUGUGUUGUGACGAAGGCCGGUCAUCAGUUAACAUUAAGAGUUAACACAAGCUACUGUUGCUCUCUGAGACGAGGCACUCGACAACGUGCACAGAGUAACAUAUUUAGGACAGUCAGCAGCCGACAGAGAAGGGGAAGGUCUCGUUUUUUCACGUCAUGUUACAAUCUGCUCACAUAUAACUAAUACAAAAGUGAUUAAUACAUGUUAAUUGUUACCGACUGUUACACCGAGCCCCUUUAAGCUGUGCUAUAAUACUCUCUUUUUAUUUUUUGUUACAUCAUUUGUGUUCCUGUGAAAGUAUCACCAUGAAUCCUCUGGGUGAAGAUUGAUACCAAGGACACCCUCAGGGCAGCUCCUUCAGACCUGUCUGCAUGCUGACACAAUGUUUGUUUUCUUUCAGGCCACAUCCAGUUUGACUGGAGUUUUCUUUGGUCUGCAGAGUGUAGUGUUGUAUUAAUUCACUGUUUUUAGCUUUUACAUCAGUGCAAACACUUGGAUCAUCUGUCCAGCGUUGUAUACAGACAAGGAAAUAGACAGCUGCUAUUUUGGAGGACUUGACUUCUGUUUUGACUGGUCUUUAUCUGAUCUUUGAAGAGGCGGUCUGUGUUCAUCCUGACUGUGCUCUGGCCUCAGCAGUAGCAACAAGUGGAGGCUGAAGGUCCUCAGCUGUUAACACACUAAACGCUGCGAUCACAACAUUACAGGCGCUGUUUUAUAGCUACAUGACACAAACUGGUUUGAAUGUAAACUUUUGUUUAACAUGCAUAUUUUAUGAUAUUAUGGUGUGGCUAAGAUUUGGCUUUUACAUUCGCUGUUGAGGAAAGCAUUUAAACUGACUGUGAGGUAAUAACAUAAUAGUGCUUUUAAAAGACAUCUGAGGAUUAUUGAUUACUGUGGGGUUUUUUUUUAUGUACCUCUUUUGACACUGUUGGGAAAUUGUUCACGUUUGCUAGUCUUUUUAAAUUAUGCUGACAAAAAGAACAAGCUAAGUGCUUUAUCUAUUUAUCCUCUGUCUCAAGUGCAUUCAUACAGUAUUAAAUAUUUGAGUUAUUUUGUGUGAGUUUUGACGUUUUUUUUUACUUUUGUACUACUAUGAUAAAGAUACGAGCUUUGUUUUCUAUAUUGUCCUUGAAUGUGUGCUGAAUCACAAUGUAGUCAGUGAUGUCAUUUGAAUAUAAAGUGUAAUUGAGACUCAUCUUGCAUCUGAGCUAACGCCUGUGUCUCGUGUAGCUCUACAUGUGUUUUUAACAUCUGUGUUCUUUAUGUGGCCUACAAAGGCAACGAUGCACUUUUGUACACUUUCAGACAACGCUCUCUGAAAUAAAGAAGGGACCAAUGACAGUGUCUGGGUCAGGUUAUUGGUAUUUUAAAGGAGAUAGAGUAAUUGACUUAGUGAACAUGCAUAAACUGUGAAACUGUGAGGUGAGUUUAGGAAGCUAAGCAUUCAGAGUCAGAUCUUGGUUUUUACGUGUUAAUCUCUUGUGGUUUUCUUAAACCACACGUUAGGCUGACGUGAAAAAGGAAACAACACACUCCUGCCUGGGCAGACAAAGUUAGUCAGACCACCUUUGCCUUAAUGAUGACUAAGAACAAGAGUACGCAAAUCCUGACAGUACACCCACACCGCAUUUUGCAGCAUAGUUUAAAAUUACACAGAGUAUGCUUAUAAAAAAUAUAAUAAUGUGCAGCGCAGCAGAGAUGUGAGUCUUAAAGAUAAUGAGCACAAACAAAACAACGAGGAUGGAAACUAAAGAACUCACAGAGAAGAGGAACUGAAUUCAUGCUCACUGUGACACAAACACACACAGCAUACCAUAAGCUGUCACAGCCAACUGUAACUGCUGCACAGACUGUUUCCUUCAAACUGUUCAUGUUUUACUUAUCUGAGCGUAUUCAUAUAUACCCAUCAGGCAUUUAUAUAUCUCUAUACAAAUGUUAGUACGCUGCUUUUAUUUUGCACUUCUGGUUGGAAGCUAAACUGCAUUUUGUUGCCUGGUUCCUUCAAGUCAAAUCUAAUUAAAUCACAUCUGACAAGUUACUUAGUUUUAUCACUUUGUCACUUUGAUUAUAGAAGCCCCUCCUCCACACGUAUAAAAACACACCUGUUUCUGUCUUUCAGUUUGCAGGACCUGCACUGGGGACGCGGCACACCACUAUUAUAAAGUAACAUCUACAACUAUAAACUCAGUGGCUUGAUGAUUUGUAGAAAAGUACUUUGAAUAAUACAACAUUUAUUGAGUUGCCCUUAUCUAAGCGUAUAUAAACUUCAUACUUUUCUUCUCCUAAAUCUGCGCUGUUGCCCAUUCCUCUGCUCAAACUGAACUCUCCCUCUUUGUUUGUUGUCUGCGAUGAAUGGAGGGCUUUGCAGCAGGCUCAGGACAGUGCAGUAAUUGGGGCAUUCAUAAAGAGAUUAUGCCUGCGCUGAUGGGAACUAAGCUACGUUCAAAACUCUCUCUCACACCAAACACAUGUAUCUUAACUCACUCCACAUUUUAGACUCUGUGAGAUUAACUCUCCAACACUGCGUGGACUCUGCAGAUGAGUGUAACUGUAUCUCGCAGAGGUCUACAUACUGAAAGUAACAGGAGAGGGACAGUGGAGCAGAACUUCUAUACUGGGACUGGUCUGUUUCUCUGCAGCCGGCAGAGGGAGACUGGCCAGCUGGUGUCCGCGGGUCAGUUUUUCUCACACAGCUUCUCUGCACAUUAGAGGGAACUCAUGCACAGGAAGCCUCCGAGUGCAUGAAGGGAGAGAGAGAGAGACAGAGAGAGAGAGAAAACGACAACGCCUGCUAACAGUCACAGCAGAUUACAUAUAGGCUCCGCUCAUGAACGCAUGCAGAUAGGAAGCUUCUUUUUUUAACUGGCUGGAUUGUGAACUGAGGGGGCACAAUGUCACGACGGGACCAGAGGUUUCGUAGAGGAAUGAAAGGACGGUGUUGUGAAUGUGGCUGCAUCCUGUCUCACUGGUACUAUGAACGAGAGGCCCAGCUCUACUGCAAGAAGCACUACUGGAACCGUUAUGGAGAGCACUGCCACGGCUGCAAGGAGACCAUCGCAACAGGACUCAUUAUGGUUGCUGGAGAGCAGAAGUACCACCCUGAAUGCUUCAUUUGUGUGAGCUGUGAAAUGUUCAUUGGUGAUGGAGACACAUACACGCUCGUCGAACGCUCCAAACUCUACUGUGGCCACUGUUUCAGUCAGGGACGCGUGUCCACUGUCGGGUCUCCUUCUCCACUCACCAAGAGUACCCACAUGGUGGCGCUGGUGUCUUUCCCUCCACGUGCAGGUUGCCAACGAGGACUUACUGUAGCUACUGACAUCUGUCAAGAAAAAGGCCCUCUAGUCACUGUCACAGGGUUAGACUCUGCUGUCCUCAGUUCUGACCUGCUCCCCUCCAUACAUACUGGUGAUCGAGUACUGGAGAUCAACGGCAUCCCUGUUCGCAACAUUUCCGCAGAUGAGAUAAACUCUGUGAUCCAGGACACAAGCAGGCCGCUGCAGCUGACCAUCGAACACAAUCCGCAGUCUCCUGAUGACCCCCUUCGCUCAAACAGUCCCCAAGACGACAUCAGCUGUCCUGACCCCUGCGUCCGCAAGAAGCUUGCUUCAACCCACAAACUCCCAAGUCUGGAGGAAGAGCCGAGUCCAGAGGAGGAGACAGGUCAACCAAUCAGGAUGAGCCUGUCACCACCUCAGCAACAAGGAACUCUGGGAAUGCGAUCCAGAAACAUUCUGCGCAGCUGUAGUAUAGAUAAGUGCCCUCUGUCACCUGGAGCACUGUCACUUUUAACUCAGAGGAGAGAAAUGGUUCGAUCUGAGUCUCUUCGUGUGGAUUCUGGAGAUCGGACCCAUCGUAUCUUCAGACCUUCAGACCUCAUCCAAGGGGAAGUGCUGGGAAAGGGUUUCUUCGGACAGGCUGUCAAGGUAACACAUCAGGAGACUGGCGAGGUGAUGGUGAUGAAAGAGUUGAUACGGUUUGACGAAGAGACACAGAAGACUUUCUUAAAGGAGGUUAAGGUGAUGCGCUGUCUGGACCAUCCCAAUGUUUUGAAGUUCAAAGGACUGUUUUAUAAAGACAAGCGAAUAAACUUCGUCUCCGAAUACAUCCAGGGAGGAUCUCUCCGAGAGACCAUCGCAAAAAUGGAAAAGGAUUUUCCCUGGAGUGUAAGAGUUGGUUAUGCCAAAGACAUUGCAGCUGGAAUGGCCUAUCUACACUCUAUGAAUGUUAUCCACCGAGAUCUAAACUCACACAACUGCCUGGUCAGAGAGAACCAGUCUGUGGUGGUGGCAGAUUUUGGACUAGCCAGGCUGGUGAGGGAGGAAAGGAAUCAAGCCAGAACAGCCUCUCUGGAACGGCCUGCUAAGGGGACACUGUCAGAGCUCCGCAGGCCUGACCGGAGAAAGCGGUACACCGUGGUGGGAAACCCCUACUGGAUGGCACCUGAGAUGAUCCAUGGGAAAAGCUAUGACGAACGGGUGGACGUCUUUUCCUUUGGUAUCAUGAUAUGUGAGAUAAUAGGCAGAGUGAGUGCCGACCCUGACUACCUUCCCCGGGCGAAUGACUUUGGGUUAAACGUAGCCGGUUUCCUGCAGCAGCACCACCAUCCACAGUGCCCGUCAGCCUUCCUGCCGCUGGCUGUCCUCUGCUGCGACAUGGACGCUGAUAAACGUCCUUCCUUUUCAAAGCUGGAGGAGUGGCUGGAAAACCUGCUGAUGCAUCUGGAAAUUGGCUUGCCUCUGCUCUCCGAGUUAGAGCAGCUCCGCAGGGCCUUCUGGCAAAAUCAAGAACACCAAAACCACUUUCACAAAGAGAACAACAGCUUAGAUUCUCAGGAACAAACCCACUGUUCAGAGCCACAAAGACACAGAGCCGACACCAAGCAAUGCUCAGACAGUGACAAUAACCACGUAGAGCCUCAUCACCUCACAAAGAGCCGAGACCAAAAUAGCAAAGCUGAAAGCCAUUCGGACGGACAGCAACACACGCAUGACUCCCACGACAUGAGCGACCACCUGAGCAAAGAAUACAACGACCACUCAAAAGACAAGAGCCGGACGUUUUGCAGGUCUAAGAGUGCAGACUCGGACAAGAAUGAGUCGGAAACAUAUGAACACAACAAUCCCACAGGACAGCCCCAAACCCAGCAGGAGGCCUCACAGCCGCUACAGGUCAAUGACUCGCUGGUAGGCCGGCCCAACAGAAUCAGAAGGACAUGCAGAGUGCUGUGGGACAGUAAUACAGAGAACAGCUCUUUUCUCUGACUACUCAAUUCAGUGUCAGAGAUAGGACACAUCUGCAAAUUCCAGCUUAAGCAAUAAAAACCCAUGAUGAAGACAUGUGUGCCUUUCUCAAACAAAUAGGAGAGAAGUGAGAGUCAGAAAUGUGUACGAAAAUGGAAGAGAGGAAAAAUAAUCACCACACAAUGAUAGUGAUUAUUCUGCAUGGAAAAACACACAGAAGAUUUGUAUGCAGCUUGAAAACAUAACAUUUGCCUCAUAUUACUCUGUGAAACAGUAUUUAUGUGGUUUAAAUUAGGACCUGACCAAUUUCCUUGCAUUCUUUCAGAUUCGUUAGUGCUCUCUGGUGGACAGACUCUGUAACAGUGACACCAUUUCUAAAUUACCUUAAACAUAUCUUUGGCAAGCAACAAAUUCUUCUUACUUAUCAAUCUACAUCUAUGACGAUAUUAGUAUAUCUGUGAUAAGCUGUAACUGUCCAGCCAGUUGAUCGGUUGGUUCCUAGUGUCAUCUUUCUCCAGAAGCUGUGAAACACAAAGCACUUUACACUUUAAGCUACAUCGCAUGAGGCAAGUUUUCAUCCAAGUGCCUUAUGCUGUAUUUUUCAGAUUUUCCGUUUUUAAGACGACUCACUGAGCUGUGAACAAAUAAAACUACAACUGUAAUAUGAACUAAUUUAAUAAAGAGAAAUACAAACUCA